UUUUUAUCUYGUACUUAUGCCUGCAUAUUGUUGCAGAUUCCUUUGGUUCUCGGUACAAGAUGAAGUGCCCUUGUUCAAGAAGACGAGCGCUGCCAAUCAUCCUCUUAGUUGCCUUUCUUUUCUACAUCGCUCUUGCCCUAAGAAUUUUUAGCAAGCAAGGAGUACAUCGAAUAAAUGAUGCCCUCCAGGAGUUUUCCUCCAAAGUACACAGGACAGAACGAGUUCCACCAUUUAGUACGAUAACAAGUGAGAAACCUCCAUGCCUUUCGGCAGUGUCUAAGAGGUGGAGGUUCAUGUACAAUCCGUCAGAACAUUUUGGAAAGAGUAAGUUUCCCCUCAUUACACCACAUGUUCAACCGAAUCUSACUUGUGAAGAAARAAAUCUUUAUAUUGUGGUCGUUGUGAAUUCUGAUGCUAAUGCUAUUAAUCAUCGAGAUUUGAGAAAAGCUAUUCGACAAACAUGGGGCAAUUCAACUAAUGAUGCCAAGUGGAAACUUUUUUUUUCGCUUGGAAUGACACCAGAUAACGACAAAAACAGAUAUAACGARCAUGAUGCGCUUCAACAUAACGAUGUUAUCAUUGGUAAAUUUAACGACACUUACAGAAACAUUCCUAUUAAAACCUUUAUGAGCCACUGGUGGGCGUACAAUACGUUAUCGUGUCAGUACGUACUCAAGACGGAUGAUGACGUUUACGUACGUGUUCCCAGACUAACGCAAUGGUUGACGGAUGCAGGUUCUCCUUUCCGUUUCUACGGUGGAUAUAUCAACCAGGYACCUUUCGUAUUUCGCGAUCCAAAAAGCAAAUGGUAUAUUUCUGUUGAACAAUUCAAAGAAAAGAAGUGGCCUACMUUUUGUCACGGUGCUUUCCAAGUCCUUUCAGUAGAUCUUUUACCGGCCUAUUUCUACUAUACGCAAGUUCACUAUCCAUUUCACACUGAUGAUGCAUAUAUGGGUGUUUUGGCUAGAGACUUUGGAGUUAAAGUUACGGGAUUACCUGGUUUUACUACUAAGACUAAGCCUAAAACGAACUGUGAAUAUUUAGCUGCCACAGCUUUCGGUCACGAUAUCGAUCCUACAUAUAUGGUUAGAAUACACGAGACUUACAAGAAACUAGCCCUCGACAAGACACUU